AUGCCACCGUCGAGUCGCAUACCACCUCUUCUCCAACCUUACAUUCAACUCCCUCGUGAGGGUUCGCUUAUCCUGCUCACGAGCACUCUCGGAGCCAGCGCGAACUGGCUGCUACUACGAUUCCUGUGCGAUGCGCUGAGCACAGCCAAAGCCCAAGAUGGCGGGGAUGAGGGACACAAUGUAGUGCUGGUUUCUUGGAUGAGACAGUAUGAGUUCUGGAAACAAGAAUCUAGAAAGAGCGCAGGUCUAGAUUUGGAGAGACUCAGGAAAGAGGGAAGAUUUGCCUUCGUUGAUGGGUUGGGGGCUGGUGCAGAUGCGCCUGGCGGUAGCAUGUCCGGAAUAGACGCGCGGGCCAAUGGACAGGCAAAACCACAGUUCGCGGGGCUGAAUAGGAUUCAGAUGCAGAGAGGGCCGCAGACAUUACCUGUACGAGGUCCUCCUGGAGGAGUAGUGCCUGCAAGAGGACCACCUGUAGCAGCAGCGGCAGUGCCUACAUCAGCCACGAUUCCUACAACACCAGAGGCGGCCGACGCAGGUAGCAGUACCCCGGGCCACUACGCAUUCAAGACACUUGACCUUUCAGAAAUCAAAACCACCAUUUCCAGUGCCGUCUCUGCACUCAACUCCUCGGUGGUGCAGCGAAAGACACUCCUCAUCUUCGAUAAUCCAGAUCUCCUCCUUGCCCUCAACCCCUCCAUCACACCCUCGGAAUUCACUUCGCUUGCUCUGACUCUCCGCACACUACCGACUGUAUCACAUGUUCUCACACACAUACAAUCCGAUAGUCCCCUUCUCAGUCUCUCCGCACCACCCCAACCACUUGAGCUUGCGCAUCACAACCUGCUGGUCAAGUUUGCUCACAUGAGCAGGAGGAUACUGGGUGUGAGAAUCCUGGACACUGGAGUUGCAAGAGACGUGAGCGGUGUCAUACGGAUCACCGAACAGAAACAUGAGUGGCUAGACUUGGAGCUCAACGAAAACGAGCCCAAGGAAGGUGAUGACAACGGGCGAGGAAAAGAGUUCCUGUACCAGGUUAAAGGCGAUGGUAGUGUGAGGGUAUUUGAGAGGGGUGCUGGUGGAGAGGCUUGA